CCACAGGAGGGUGUGUCACUCAGACCUCUUGCCCUUCAUCAUCAUCAUCAUUGUCAGAGACCAAGGGCGGAGUGGGACCAAAAACAAUCUACCGGGAAAUUCCGUAGACCACCGGCCCUCAGGGCCAAAUUAAGAAAAGGAAAGCCACUGACCUAGCUACCUUACAGGUUCCAGACAAGGCGAGUGGAGGGUCAGAGUUUUAAACUGAUUAGGUGUAAUGUUUUCAUAACCCAAUGUGUACUUCUAGCUUUGGUUGCUCAAGACAGUAGACUUCGACCAAAACAAACAACCUAAGUCCUGCCUUCCACUUCCUGCAAUGAGGAAAACAGGAGUUUGUUGAAAAGUGGGUUUUUAUUUACCCCCCAAAAAUGCUAUAUAUAAUAUAAACUCAAUAACUAAAUAUCUAGGCCUAGAAAAGAGGUCAACACAAUAUAACUUAACCCAAAAAUAGCAACAACAAAACAAGAUAUGAAUCAACAAACUGACCUCCCUAACUGAGACAAAAGGGGACAUAUAUACCUACUUGGCCAAACCAAUUUACACACACGGGGGAAACCAAAAUGGACAUAAUUGCAACUAAUACAAAUAAACCCAACCUAAACCUCAAUCCACCCUCCAGCAUGGUAGCCAAUGGUACGGCCCAAUUGGCAGGCCAUAGUAUAUAGUAGUCCUUCACCUUUGGCUGCACCUUUUCUGCACCAGGAUGGAACUCACCGCCAGCAUGGUACAACAGAGCCACAGGCUGGUGAUCUUUGCAGCCAUCUUCGUCCUGAUGACACUCCUCAUCCUGUAUGGCUCCAACAAUGUCAACGAUACUAUUUAUGCUCCCUUUCGUGUGGCUACACAUUAUUCUGUCAAGGCCACAGAUCUGAAGAAGUGGUCCGGGAAAGACGGUUAUGUGCCAUUUCAUGGGAACAAGAGUAUGAACCUACACUGUCGUAACUGUGCGCUGGUGACGAGUUCCAGCCACGUCCUGGGUAGUCGAGCAGGGGAAGAGAUCGACCGCACUGAGUGCGUGAUUCGUAUGAACGACGCGCCCACGUUGGGGUACGAGACCGACGUAGGGAACCAGACCUCUCUGAGGGUCGUAGCCCACUCCAGUGUGUUCAGGGUGGUCCGGAAGCCUAAAGAGCUGCUAGGGAGGCCAGACAGCAGCCCUGUGAUCAUCUUCUGGGGACCCCCAAGCAAGAUUGGGAAGGAGGCCAAAGGAACCUUGUACAGGUUGCUCCAGAGAGUCAGCAUGACCUACAGCAACUUGUCUUGUUUCAGUAUUACAGCCAACAAGAUGCGCAGAUUUGACAGUCUGUUUCACAGGGAGACGGGGCGAGACAGACAAAAAUCUCACUCAUGGUUGAGCACAGGCUGGUUCACCAUGGUCAUAGCCAUUGAGAUAUGUGAUAAUAUCAAAGUAUAUGGGAUGGUUCCACCCAAUCACUGUGGAAAAUCCAAACCUGGAUCCAAGAAGAUUCCCUACCACUACUACAAGCCCAGGGGGCCUGAUGAAUGUGUAACCUAUCUACAGAAUGAGGGCGGCAGAAGAGGGGGCCACCAUCGCUUUAUCACAGAGAAACAAGUGUUUGCACGCUGGGCAAAGCAGUACAACAUCACCUUCACUCAUCCUAAAUGGUUGUAGACUUUUGUGAAAGCCACUAAGAGAUCUAUCCGCACUCAGAGGCUGAAUGGGAAUGAGCGCUAUGGGCCGACUUCCCCAAAUGAGCCUUCAAAAAGUCACGUGAUGAGUAAGCGCUAUUUUCAGGAAACUGCGCAAGGAUGGAAAAAGCUUUUGGACAAAAAUGACUGAGGAGGAUAGUGCAGGAUCUCAGUUUGGAGGGGAAAUACUAUAUUGUGUAUAUUCCACAGCGACAUGUGGUGGCCAUUAAAACUUUUUUUUUUUGUAAAGAGAAAAGGAAAUGAAUUUAAAGAUGAAUUUUUACAUGUUUAUAUUUUUGUUAUUACGUCUUGAAAAUGCACUUACGUUUCCAAUGUAGGGGGGGUUAUAUCAGCAGGUAAGUGGCCUAAACACUUUCGCUAGCUUUCAAUUAGCCAUCUGUCAUACAGAGUUUAUACUAUAAUAGCAGAUCACUAAUUCAAUCUAUAUGUACAUUGGAGCCCUCUGAAGUAGUGAGCAAUGUGGCUGGGUACAGUACCAGUUCCUGAACGGAUACCAAAUCCAUCAUUAUCUUAGCUUGAAUAAUAAAAACAUUUCUACAUACCAUACAAAAACAAAUAAGUCUUAAAUUGGCAAAGAUGGGAUUAAAAUCAGGAAAUAUCUGAAUCAUAGUCAACUGCUGGCUUAUUAUAAGAUAUUGCUUUAUUGAUCCCUGAAGGCAAACUUGGUUCUACAGAUACCUUUUAGUGAUUCAACAGAGACAAUUAAUCUGUUAACGUAACACACAUAAGACAAUCAGAUGGCUGAAAUUCUGCUACAUAUUUAUUCUAGAUACUAAUUGCCACAUUAUACAGAAUACUAUUUCAAAUCUCAAGUUGUUACACCCUCAAUUUGAAGUUAUUAGUUGUUCAUUGUAAAAUUUUUGCUGUUCUAGAUGUUGAUUUGAAUGUUUUCAUGAAAAUUAGACUUUAAACAAACCGUUGCCUCGUGAACUUAAAACCAUUUUACCUCGUUGGCAUUUCAGUGCAUGCAUCUUAAGUUCAAAUAGUCCACAAAAUGCAUUAUGGUCCUGUUAUGUAUCAGUAUGUUGCUCUUAGGACUGCACGAUUCAAUUAAAAUUGAAAUUGUAACUUUAAAACUAAACGUGAAACAAAGGAUGCAGUUUCUUAAACAAUGUUGCCUUUUGCAAGUAACUCAUUUGUAAACAUUUUGUCAGAAUAUUCAUAUUCAGGAGAGGCACACAAUGUGCUUGAUUAGCUGUGAUCAGAAGCCUGUAUCACUUACUUCUUUGAAACCUUCCUAUUCCAUAAUGAAUAGAAAGGGGGGAAAAAAACAUUAACCACAUUGUUGUGCUACUUUACCAACAACUUUUCACAAUUAUUGAGAUAGAUAUCUAUAAUCUAUCUCCUUCAUGAGAUAUUAAUUAUUGCAGGACUGUUAUCAGUUUCACUAGUUCAUAAUCUGGAAAGUGAGUGUAUAUUAGGUCCAGCCACAAACACACAGUGGUCACAACUAGCCCAGAAGAAUACUGCAAGCCCAUAUGAACCUGUCAUUAAAAUGAAAUCUGUCCCUGGC